GGGACCAGGACAGGGCGAGGGUAUUUUACUCAUGGCAGCGUGGCGACGCGCAUCUCCACCCGGGCGUGGGCCCUGACGGCUCACGCCCGACGCGUGCGCGUGGGCCCUGACGGACCACGCGCUCGCGCUCUGGCACGCCUGCGGCCGCAUGGCCAGCGCAGGCGUCUGGGAGCAAAGCGGGGUGGGUGGGCACCCGCGCGUCGGCCUGAGCCGAACGCUACGGACCCAAAAUGGAAAGAGCCCCACACCCCCUCCCACUUAACCUGCAGUCUACAACCAAUCAGACUAUGCAAUCCGCCGGUGCGCGUCGGCCCUUGAGGGUAGGUAUCCAGAUCUCACUCCACUUCCGGAGCCUGUGAUCGGCCCUCUUCCCCCUCCCCCGGAUCACGUCGCACUAUUUGGCCCGCGUCUGCACGGAUGUUCUAUGGAGCCCUCGCAGAUGUCCUAAGAUUUCCGGCGGCCCCCCGCCGUGAUGUGAUUGGGGUGGACGAGCUCCCCCCCCCUCGCCCGAUCACGCCCGUGAUCGCGAAUGAUGCAAAAUAGGCUCCUACUUCAAGGAUCGAGCGGUUUCACCUUUUCCUUGCGUUGGAAGCCCAAUCUACUUCCAACGCAUUCCUGCUUCAUGUUUCUGCCCAUUGCUUCCGACCGACGUGUCUCCCUGUCUUUCAUGCCAAUGUGCCCCCAGCAUGUCAUGCCUCUUGACAUGGCUUAGUUCCCGCACUCCGUUCCCCAUCUGCCGAGUAUCCUCGGCGACUCAGCGUUCUGAUCAUGGUCGGCGGCCGAGAGUGUUGCGGGCAGCCCGACGGUCACCUUUUACCCGCUCGAGCCUUGCGUGAACUCUCGCGUUCGCAGACUGCUAGUCUUGGCCAUCCAGACGAGGGCGGCGACAGGAGGUCUUGACGCGUCUCAUGGGUGGUAUCAUGUCGCACUGUUUGCGGGCGUGGGACCGCGACGACAGCACGGGUUCUUGCUUCUUGCAAUGUGCUAAGAACCGCUGCGUUUCGUCACUGUGCUUGCCAGCGGUCACCAGUCAAGAGUAACGAUUCUUCGGGGGAAUGAAUGCGCGCGCCAGUUAUGCGAGCAUGGAGCCAAUCGUGUCGAAUUCCCCGCUUAUCAUGCGCUCCCAGGAGGAGCAGGACUUUGAAGAGGACCACGACCAGCCGCCAACAUCCAAGGCUUCCGCAGCGGCGGGCCGGAAGGGCGGCGAGCCUCCCCUGGGGCCCGCGAAGGCCGCCAAGCCGGCGAAGCCGGAGACGGGCCACCGGCGCUGCUGGGGUCGCUGCAGAGGACACGGGCGGAGACGGCGACCUGACCUUGCGCUCGAGGAGCGCCGCGGGCGAAGCCUGGAGGAGGGGGCAGAUGAUGAUGAUGAGGAGGAGGUGUUGGAAUGCUGGGCCUAGUGCGCGGCAGGAGUGUAGCAUAGCAGCGCAUGCGACC